AUGACUUCACCCUCCUCUAGACCGAGGCCAAGUUCAAAACCUACCUCAAAGCCAAAUUCAAAAUCAAACUCAAAUUCAAAUUCAAAUUCAAAUUCGAACUCAAAUUCAAACUCGAAUUCAAACUCAAAUUCAAACUCAAAUUCAAAGAACAACUCAGGAUCAAAUUCAAAGAACAACUCAGGAUCAAAUUCAAAGCACACCUCAAAACCAAAUUCGAAGCACACCUCAAAACCAAAUUCUAAUUCAAAUUCAAAGCAUACCUCAAGACCAAAUUCAAAACCUACUUCAGGUUCCAAAAACAGCUCUAGACCAAAACCUUCGAUUGUAAUUCCAAGCGGCAAUAACGGAAAUAAUGGGAAUAAUGGAAAUAAUGGAAACAACGGUAAUAACGGGAAUAACGGAAACAAUGGAAAUAAUGGAAACAAUGGAAAUAAUGGGAACAAUGGGAAUAAUGGAAAUAAUGGGAAUAAUGGAACCGGCAGUAAUGGAAAUAACGGAAACAAUGGAAAUAAUGGUAAUAAUGGAAAUAACGGAAAUAAUGGGAACAACGGGAAUAAUGGAAAUAACGGAAACGGUAACACUGGUAGCACAGGUAAUACCGGUAGCACUGGUAGCACUGGUAACACUGGUAAUACUGGUAAUAACGGUAAUAACGGUAAUGGAAACAACGGUAAUGGCGGCAGCAAUGGCAACCCUCCGUGCAACCACAACCAAGGCUCAGGCGGGAUCGUCAUUGGGGGAGGCGCUGGUGGUGGUAGUGGCAGUUUGCUGUUUCCACAACUGACUCUGAACAUCCAGCUGCAGGUACGGAGUGUUACACAUGUAAAGACGUAUUCUGCAUGUCACAAGAACUUGUCACGUGCCCCAAGGACAAACAACUCUGCAUGAACGUCAUCUCCCAGACCAUUCAAGGAGAGAGGAGCUUCAGCAAGCAGUGCGCUGGCGAAAGUGUCUGCAAAGACAAAUGGUGGCUCAAGACUGCCGGUUUGGCCGACUGCUUCCUGUUGACAGACGAUCCCUUCGGGCCUGCUGGCAUGAAACUGGACGAGUGUGCGUUCUGUUGCCAGGGCAGCGGUUGCAACCGGAAAGCUAUCCCGGACAUGAGCACGGUGUAUCAGCCAUAGAUGUGUACUGCUCCAUAGAGACGACAGGCUAUUGACCACUUUUCAGAGCACAUCAACAUUGAUGUUUCUUCCCAUAAGAAGUAUUUAUAUUUGGCCACAAAUGUAUUGUAUAUCUACAGGGCAUUCCCCAUUUGUCUGUGUGAAAUGUGUUGUGUUUUCAAGUGUAUUAAUUCACCGCCAUCAAUUUUAAAGACUGUAUUUGAAAACGCAUUUUUAUUCCAAUUAUAUGGUUUGUCUAUAAAACGAUAUGUAUCACCAAAAAUGUUUGAGGUUAAAAAGUUACAUAAAUAUUUUUUACUCAUAAAGAAAUAGUGAGAACAAAUUUUAAUGCACUAAAACAAAUCAGUCUCAGAAUUCACAAAAGCAAACUUUAAUAUCAAGCUGUUUUGUUUAAUUAUUCCAGUUUUCACAAGAUGUACAAGUGCAUUUUCGAAAGGCAUUACAUCUGUACGAAGAUCAAUAUCAGUUUUACAAGUAUGACAUAGAAGAACUCUUUUUAUAAGACAAAAAAGAACGUAAAAUAACUAGCAACGUUCCUUGUGUGUGAGCAAAGCCUUUUGAGGACAUGAAAGAACAUUUAUUUGUUUCGUCUUAGCAUCUGUAUUAAGUGUAAUCUGCGCCUUCACAAGAGCUUUGGGUUGACCCUACGAUAGGAAAAAUGAGAGCUUCCGCAUGCAGACGAAUAGAACACCACAAUCAUUCUUUC